CAAUUUUUUUAAUAUUUUUAUAUUUAUUUUUGUAGAUUCUCGAAAUAAAAUGUACUUUGUAUUACUAAAAACAUGAUUAUCAAAAUAAUAUCAGUCAUUUAAGCUUUUUGCUUAUAGAAUUAAAUUAAAGUAAAGGUGAUUUACAAUUUCUACCGAGUGCUGUAGGUUAUUGAUUACAAUUUACAAUAACAUUUUAAUUAUUGAACAAAAAAAUAAAUAACAUGUAGGCAGUAUUUCAUAUUAAAAUGCUCAUAUAAAUCAUAGAUCUGUUACUGUGUAAACCAUCUACCAAAAAACUUGUAAACAAACUUAAAAAAACGUAGGUAAAACUCGCUUCAACCUCGAACUCUCACAAGAAACGACCUUGGCAACAUGCAAACUGACGACGAAGCUCCCGUCACCAACCAGGAAGACAUCGACACGUCGUCCGAACAUUUAAAUAAAAGUGAUACGUCUAAAAAAUCCGACAGCGAAGACCCCAAGCCACGCAUAGUUUUAACCUUCCGAUCUGAAAAGUCCGGCGCUAAAACUAGCAACAUGAAAAUAGUGUCCACUGAAGAAAAACAUGAGGAAAUCUCUCCAAGGAGAUCCAGCAGGACUAGAGGUAGUAAAAAAGAAUCUGAGGAAGACAUGAGUAACACAAGCCACAUUGAAUCUGAAGACGACUCUCACGACAGCACACAGAAGAGAUCCACACGACGCAUCAGCAAAGAGUACUCUGAUGUCAUAGCAAAUGCAAUAGCUAGAAAGGAGAAAUUAUAUGAUACUAUUACCCCUAGCCAGAGGCCAUCACGUAGGAUUAAACCAACAGCUAAGAUUUUAGCCAACGAAGAGUUGCGUAUGGGUCUGGAGUCUCAGAAUAACACUCGACUUGGCGUACCUAUUGACAAAGUUGAGGAUGGUGUUCGAACAAGGAGAUCGGCUCAAGCCAAAAGUGUUGAAACUAAGCCAGCAGAGAAAAGAGCGGUGAAACGCAAGGUCAUUGAAGAUGCAGCUGCUGACAGUUCAGACAGAGAAAGUGACAGCUCCAAUAAGAAACUGAUGCAUUUAUGUAACCUUGGCUUGAAGAUGAAAGAUGAUGAAUCUAGUGAGACAGAGAACAGAAAAACAGAAAGUUCAACCUACGAGGCACCAGAUGACGAUGAGGAUGAAGAGGAUGAUGAAGAAGAUGAGGAAGACGAAGAGAUGGAUGAUGACACAGAAGUCAUCAGCAAGCUGCUGGAAGCGGAUGAAGCCAGUGCCAGUGAUGAAGAUUACUGCCCUGAAGUGUCAGUCAAGAAGAAACGCUCGAAGAAAAACUCUUCCCUCCCGCCGCUACGCCGCUCGUCGCGCAAGGCGAACUCUGGCCUGUACUACUACGACGAGUUCGACCAGGAUGGCUCUGGUGACAGCGACUACACGCCAAAACGCAAAAAUUCACGAUCUCACGACGACGAGGACACGGCGCAGCGCUCCGAUGACGGCGACGCUGUAGUUGCAUCUGAGGCAGCCAGCGCCGAGGACGCGUCGGACGCGGCGUGCCCCGCUGACUCGACUGCCGUGGUCGCCACUUGCCUCUGCGAAGACUCCACCAACAUCUACGCCGCUCCUUCUGAACUUACCGAGCCAGUGUUCUGCCAAGCUAUAGAGAUGGUGGACGGCGUGCGAGUUGGUUGCUCGCACGCGGCGGCGCGGGAGCCCGGCGGAGGCCUGCAGGCGAUGGGCCGAGCCGGGCCUCGCGCGCCCUUCUUCCUGGCCUGUCGACAGCACACCCAGCAGCUGGCCAAGCACAUGUGCUGCCCCACUUGUGGACUGUUCUGUACACAGGGCAUAUUCUACCAGUGCUCCAAGGAGCACCUAUUCCACCUGGAGUGCGGUAUACCGAGCGGAGACAAGCAGGUGGGCUGUCCGCACUGUGGCGUGUACUCGUACCGCUGGCAGCCCGUCAACAAGGAGCUGAGCCGCGUGCGCGUCGACAUGCACUGCACCAACAGGCGCGUGUUCCUGCCCGAGCAGAGGGAGCAGUGCACUCCAGCCUUCCUCGGCUUCACGUCAAUCUCUUCCUCACAACUGGACCAGUCGCCUUCGAUCCCAGAGGAUCUGUUGCCCUCACUGCCAACAGACUUGAAGACCCUCUUUGAAGGUGCAAGCAACGAUGGAAUGAACGACCACACCAUACAAGUAUUGUACGAAGCUAUAAUGGCAGGCGAGCCUGUGGAACAACUCAUACCGAAAAUUGUACGUGGCGAGCACAUAAACGCGCCGCUCGCGCAGCUGGAGGGCGGCACGUGUGCGCACGCGGCGGCGGCGCGCGGCCGACUGAGCGCGCUGUGCCUGCUACAGUACGCGGGCGCCAACAUGGACGCCGUGGACAACGCCGCGAGGACGCCGCUCAUGCGGGCCAUACUCUCGCUAUUGGAUAAAGAUACACCAGAAGAGGCAGAAGCUAUGGACGAAGAAGCGUGUGAAAAAGAAGAAGAAAAAGCUGUUGACGAAGACGUAGAAGUAAUACCGGAAACAGAAAAGGAUGAACAAAGCAUAACUCAGAAGAAUAAGCAGGGCGAGGAUAAAAAAAGUAUAGAAAAAGAUGAUAUUGAAAUAGGUGAUACAAAAGAAACAGACGCAGUGAAAGAUGAUAAGGAAGAUGUAGAUGAUGAACUUAUUGAUGACCUCAGUAAGACGAGUGAUGAAGAUAUCUUUAAAGUUAUCAAAUAUUUGGUGGCGGUUGGCUGUGAUGUCGACAAACAGGGUCCGGAGGGUAUGACGGGCUUACACCUGGCGGCGCAGCACGGCAGCGCGGCGGUGUGCGCACUGCUGCUGCAGGGCGGCGCGGCGGUGGACGCGCGCGACUCGGGCGGGUGGACGCCGCUCGUGCGCGCCGCCGAGCACAAGCACCACGCCGUCGUCAAGUUACUCUUAGAGCAUGGUGCAGAUCCAUCAGCUAGCGACACCGAGGGGAACCUCGCUGUGCACUGGUGUGCGCUGAGCGGCGAUGCGCGCUGCCUGUCGCUGCUGCUGCGCGCCGCGCCGCACACGCUCGACACGCCCAGCGCGCACACCGACACCCCGCUGCACGUGGCGGCGAGGGAAGGGCACUACGCUUGCGUCGUGAUACUGCUCGCGCACGGAGCUAAAACGGAUCUGGAGAACUCAGCGGGCGAGUUGCCGAUCGACAUCAGCAGCGGGCAGUGUCGCGACGCCGUCAACCUCAACAUGCAGAUGACGCUCGCCGUCCGGGACAAGAUGCCGCGCAGCCGGAUACUAUCCAGCGACAUAUCGAACGGGCGCGAGCGGUACCCUGUGCCGUGCGUCAACGAGGUGGACGACGCGCCGCUGCCCGACGACUUCGUGUACGUGUCGCAGCACGUGGCGCGCCACCACGUGCCGCUCGACGACACCGUCGACACCAUGCAGGGCUGCCUGUGCAGCUCGGCGGAGUGCGGCGCGUCGUGCGCGUGCGCCGUGCUGGGCGUGCGGCGCUGGUACGUGCGCGACCGCCUGCCGCCGCACUUCCCGCACCACGACCCGCCCAUGCUGUUCGAGUGCAACCAGACCUGCAGCUGCAACCUGAAGCGCUGCGGCAACCGCGUGGUAAGCCGCGCGGAGGCGGGCGGGUCGCUGGGCGCGCGCGUGUGCGUGUACCGCUCGGCGCGCUGCGGCUGGGGGCUGCGCACGCUGACGCGCGUGGCGCGCGGCGCGCUCGUGGCGCUGUACCGCGGCGAGCUGCUGGCGCGCGAGCUCGCCGACUCGCGCCCCAACGACCAGUACGUGUUCGCGCUCGACCUCAAGCCCGACCUCUUGGAGGAGUGCAGCGACAAGACGCAGCUGUGCGUGGACGCGGCGUGCUACGGCAGCGCGGCGCGCUUCAUGAACCACAGCUGCCGGCCGAGCGUGGCGCCCGUGCGCGUGUUCACCGCCGCGCGCGACCUGCGCCUGCCCAACGUGGCGCUGUUCGCGCUGCGCGACCUGCCCGCCGGCACGGCGCUCACAUUUGACUAUGGCGAUAAGUUUUGGUCAGUGAAGUCUAAAUGGAUAAAGUGCGAGUGUGACUCUCCGGAUUGCAGAUAUCCGACAAAAACAGUGGAAGAGGUUGACACAUGACUUGUUUAGAUUUAAGAGUAAAUCAUGAUUUUUUGUAAAUAUAAUUGUAUUUUUUAUUUAAUAAUUUUGUAUGAAUAAGACUGUUACAAUAAUAUGCCAUACAAUAUAAU